ACUCCUCCUGUGUCACCUUUUUUUCAAACAAAGGCUUAUGUCUUCUUAGAUAUACUGUCUGUAAGACUCUCGACUCUCGACUCUCGAGUCAUCCAAUCUCUGACACAAAACCACCUCCCUCUCUCUUUCUCUCUAAAGAUUCUGACACAUCACGUGUAUCUCUCUCUCGCUUUCUCCCUUUCUCUUCUUGAGAAUACUGGUGUGUUGUUUUCUGUCUUGUAGCGUUUGUUUUCUUUUGCUGCUUCUUGAUCCUGUCCUCUCACAGAUCUGCUUCAGCAAGGGCAUUAGCUAAAAGGGUCUGGGCCUCUUUUCAUGUUUGUUUGUUUUGCAAGCUAAUUAGUGGUUUUUAUCAUCUGGAUUGGUGAUGCUUUGGGGAGAUGGGGCUCAUUUCUAGGAACAUAUUCCCUGCUUGUGAGAGCAUGUGUGUGUGCUGCCCUGCAUUGAGGUCCAGAUCUCGGCAACCUGUUAAAAGAUAUAAGAAACUGCUUGCAGAGAUUUUCCCCAAGUCCCUUGAUGGCCAUCCAAAUGAAAGAAAGAUUGUCAAGUUAUGUGAAUAUGCUGCUAAAAACCCAUUUCGAAUCCCAAAGAUUGCAAAAUAUCUAGAAGAAAGGUGCUACAAGGAACUGAGGAGUGGGCAUGUCAAGUUCAUUAAUAUUGUUACAGAGGCAUACAACAAGUUGCUCUGCAUGUGCAAGGAUCAGAUGGCAUACUUUGCCAUUAGCUUGUUGAAUGUGGUCAAUGAACUCUUGGAAAAAUCUAAGCAGGAUCCAUUGAUGAUACUUGGAUGCCAAACAUUAACAAGGUUCAUCUAUAGUCAGGCAGAUGGAACUUACUCUCAUAACAUUGAAAAGUUUGUUCAUAAAGUGUGUAACCUGGCACGUGAGAAUGGGAAUGAAAAUAAUAAAAGUUGCCUGAGGGCUUCAAGUCUGCAGUGCCUCUCAGCCAUGGUGUGGUUCAUGGCAGAGUUCUCAUACAUUUUUGCUGCUUUUGACGAGAUCGUGCAUGUCACAUUAGAUAACUACGAGCCGGAUGAAGAAGAUGAUGGGAGAGAAGAUGCACAUCAUAAUUGGUUGGAUGUUGUUAGAUGUGAGGGAAGAGUUGCAGAUAUGGGCUCUAGCUGCAUGGCCAUCAGACCCCGACCAGAAAAGAAAGAUCCGUCUCUUUUGACAAGGGAAGAGAUUGACACACCCGGAGUAUGGGCUCAAAUCUGUAUUCAGAGAAUGGCUGAGCUGGCAAAGGAGAGUACAACAAUGCGCCAUGUAUUGGACCCAAUGCUCGUGUACUUUGAUUCUGGACAUCACUGGGUUCCUCGGCAAGGGUUGGCCAUGAUAGUUUUGUCUGAUAUGUCUUACUUAUUGGAGAGUGCAGGCCACCAUCAGUUGGUUUUAGCUGCUGUUAUACGCCAUCUGGACCAUAAAAAUGUUGCACUUGAUCCUCAAGUCAAGUCUUAUGUCAUAGAAGUUGCUGCAGCUUUGGCUCAGCAAAUUAGAUCAGGAGCAGUGCUGACAGAGAUUGGGUACGUCAGUGAUCUAUGCAGGCAUUUGAGGAAAAGUCUUCAGGCUGCAGUUGAAUCUGCAGGAGAGCAAGAAUCAAAUUUGAACAUCUCGCUCCAGAAUUCCAUUGAAGAUUGCUUACUUGAAAUUGCUAAAGGAAUUUGUGAUGCACGACCACUAUUUGACACUAUGGCCAUAGCACUGGAGAAGCUUCCAUCCUCUUCUGGAGUUGUUACCCGUGCAACCAUUGGAUCUUUGAUGAUUCUUGCCCAUACGAUCUCAGUAUCAUCAGUCUGUUGUCAUUCACAGCAGGUUUUUCCUGAAGUACUUCUUGUCCAACUUUUGAAAGCAAUGCUGCAUCCAGAUGUUAAGGUGCGAGUUGGAGCACACCAGAUAUUUUCAGCUCUUCUCAUUCCAAGUUCUAAUCAUCCCCUACGUGAAGCUGCUUCCUGGCGAUCUGGUUAUACUUGCGAACCAAAAGGAUGGCAUUCUGAUACUGCAUCUGCAUUUGAUUCAAUUUCAGCACUACUUGAAAAGCUCCGAAGAGAGAAAGAUGGAUCCAAAAUGGAAAAGCAUGGAAAUGAUGCCAAUGAUGGUUAUAAAGAAAGGGAUGUUGUUGAAGAAGAUUGGAAGCAAGGACGUGCCCGAAAGAAUUCACCGAAUUUUUACAAAAUAAGUUCUAUUAUUGAUAGGACUGCCAGUACGACCAGCUUGUCUGAGGCAGAACCACAUAUUAUGAAGCUUAAUGAGGAUCAAAUAGCACAAUUGCUGUCUGCCUUCUGGAUACAAGCCACCCUUCCAGAUAACAUGCCCUCAAAUAUUGAAGCUAUAGCUCAUUCUUUUGUAUUGACACUUAUUUCUUCGCGAUUGAAGAACCCAAAUGACAACCUUGUGGUCCGCUUCUUUCAGCUUCCUCUUUCACUCAGAAAUUUAUCUUUAGACUUAAACAAUGGAAUGUUACCUCCAGCAUGCCAGAGGUCAAUUCUAGUACUAUCAACAGGCAUGUUGAUGUUUGCAGCUAAAAUAUAUCAAAUUCCUGAGUUGAAUGACUUGCUCAAGUCGUUGCUCCCUUAUGAUGCUGAUCCUUAUGUUGGCAUUAGUGAUGACCUUCAAGUACAUGUAAAGGCUCAGGCAGAUGUGAGAGGAUAUGGAUCUGUUGCUGAUAAUCAAUUAGCGUCAUCUUUACUCUCUGAACUGCAAAGCAAAAUCUUUGAAUCUGACAAGGUCUUAAUGGACAUCUUAUUACAGACCCUAUCUACCACUACUGAGCUGGAGGUGGAUGACUUGGCUCAGCAAUUGUUAGAACCAUUUACCCCUGAUGAUGCAUUCAUGUAUGGUCCAAGAUCAAUACUUGAGGACCACAAUCAAAUGGCUUCCCAUUCCAAGGAGUCACUCUCCUUCGAUGAGGAUAUUCCAACGAAUUCAUUAGUUGAUGAUGAUGUGACAAGUGAAGCAUCUGUUGCAGACCUUUCCCGCUUCAUUCCAAAAAUUCCUUCAUCCCCUUCUGUCUCCCAUGUUAUCAGCAUUGGACAGCUUUUAGAAUCGGCACUCGAGGUAGCAGGUCAAGUGGCAGGGACUUCAGUCUCCACAUCACCUCUCCCAUAUGACACCAUGGCUAGACAUUGUGAAAAUCUGGGCACUGGCACAAGAAAGAAGCUAUCCAACUGGUUGACCUAUGAAACUCAUUACACUAUAGCAAAUGAGAGACACUCACCAGCAUUCACCGCAAAUGGAUGCUUAGCACCUUGGAAGAUAACAAGCGAUGUUGGAAACAUCAAGGAAGCUGCAAAGCCAGUAGGCCCAUUCUUGGCUAUGAGGCUACCUCCGGCAAGUCCCUUUGACAACUUCCUCAAGGCAGCUGGCUGUUGAAAGAUGACACAGGCACAUGAGCUUUCUGUUAGGUAUCUUGUGAAGUGCUUUAGGCAGUAACAUGAAGUCAUGAAUAUGCAUGCCAUCCUCUGAUUUGAAGAUGGUGCACAUUUCAGGGCUUCCAUUCCCAAUUAGUUAAUUGAUGUAAAACAUGUUACUCUUGUAGCUAGUGUUAGAUGCAGGUCAAAUGAUAUAUUCAGAUCUCGCACUUUUUCUUCUU